ACAUGGGUUUGAGUAAUGGUGAAGUGGGUGCUAUUAGCCUAUGAGGAUCUUGGAGCUCAAGCACAUGUUUGGAACCACAUGUUCCAGUUCAUAAACUCCAUGUCACUCAAAUGUGCAGUUCAACUAGGCAUCCCAGACGUGAUUCACAACCACGGCCAACCCAUCUCUCUUUCCGAGCUCAUCGCCGGGCUCAAUGUCCACCCUUCGAAAGCUCAUUUCAUCUCACGCCUCAUGCGGAUCCUCGUUCACUCCGAUUUCUUUGCACAGCAUCAUCAUGUUCAUCAUGAUCGUGACGAUGCGGAGGAAGAAGUAGCUGUUGUGUUGUAUAGCCUAACACCAGCUUCCGGGCUUUUUCUCAAAGACGGACCAUUAAACACCACACCGUUUCUGCUCAUGGUACUUGAUCCGGUAAUUACAGACCCAUUUCACUCAAUGAGUAAUUGGUUACAUAUGAAUUGUGGCGAUGAUCUAGUUCCAUGUACACCAUUUGAGGUGGCAAAUAGAAUGCCUUUUUGGGAAUUGAGUGCCAAGAAACCGAGGUUUGGUGACUUGUUUAAUGAAGCAAUGGAGGCGGACUCCAAGCUUAUCGCUGGGGUGGUGGUAGGAGAGUGUGGAGGAGUCUUUGAGGAUUUGAAAUCCCUGGUGGAUGUUGGAGGGGGUACAGGAACAAUGGCCAAGGCCAUUGCCAAUGCAUUUCCCAACAUCAACUGCACUGUGUUUGACCAGCCACAUGUGGUGGCUGACUUGGAAGGGAUGGCCCACAAUUUGGGAUUUGUGAGAGGAGACAUGUUUGAGGAAAUACCUCCAGCCAAUGCAAUUCUGCUCAAGUGGAUUCUGCAUGAUUGGAAUGAUGAAGAAAGCGUGCAGAUAUUGAAGAAAUGUAGAGAAGCAAUAUUUCUGAACAAAAAUGAGGGAAGGAAGAAGAAGAUUAUCAUCAUAGACAUAGUUGUGGGGUAUGGCGAUAACAAGACGAAAAUGGACAAGAAAUCAAUUGAAACCCAACUCAUGUUCGAUAUGUUGAUGAUGUCCACCAUCACUGGCAAAGAGCGUAGCGAAUCAGAAUGGGAGAAGAUCUUUUUGGCUGCUGGAUUCUCUCAUUAUAACAUCACUCAUAUGCUCGGUUUUGAGUUGGAAGAGAUGUUGAUGGGUCAUACAGCCGGUAUAUCUGAGCCUCAGUCAUCCAAGGAUUGGUUACUUCCUUAUGCUGAAUCAUCUGAGUUAGAUGAUAUUGACACUGCAGACUGUUCUGAGCAAAUACUUUACACAGCCUUCUUCGAAGAGCUUGCAAGGAAUAUCGUUAAGUAUGACACUGUUAUAUGGCUUUCUAUAUCCCUAUUGCUGGUUAGCUUGGGGAGUUGGCAUCAUCAUGCUUUUAUAUCUGCCCUUUAA